AAAGAAAAAAAAACCUGAAAAGCGAAAACAAAGUUUCACAUGGUGUGGUUAAAGGAUACACAUGUGAGGAUUUCAGAAUAUUUGAGUUAUUUCUUUUAACAUAUCAGCUGUUCUUCUGUGUUCAUAGCAGCCAAAAUGCCAAAGUCUAAAAGAGAUAAAAAAGUUUCAUUGACGAAAACAACUAAAAAGGAUCUGCAGUUUAAACAGCAGCUUGUUGAUGAAAUCAGAAGAUGCAUUGAAAACUAUUCAAGAAUAUUUGUCUUUUCAGUACAAAAUAUGAGGAAUGCCAAACUGAAGGACUUGCGCAGUGAAUGGAGACACAGCAGAUUCUUUUUUGGAAAGAACAAAGUAAUGGCUUUGGGUCUAGGGAAGACUGCAGAGACUGAAGUACAGGAUAAUCUGCACAAGUUGGCAAAGCAGUUGCGUGGUCAGUGCGGUUUGUUGUUCACUAAUAAAACAAAAGAGGAAGUGCUUGAGUGGUUUGACAACUUCAGCCAGGGUGAUUAUGCAAGAUCAGGUGGAGCAGCAACAGACACAAUAGUAUUGCCUGCAGGUCCCUUGUCUCAAUUUCCUCACUCCAUUGAGCCACACCUAAGAUCUCUCGGCAUGCCUACAAGCCUUCAGAAAGGUGUUGUUACACUUGUCAAGGAUUACACUGUGUGUCGUGCUGGUGAAGUUCUAAAGCCUGAACAAGCUCGCAUACUGAAAUUGCUUGGCCAUGAAAUGGCAGUUUUCAGGCUUGUUAUGAAGGCUAUGUGGUCAAAAGAUGGUACAUUUGAGAAAUUCAAGAGAAAGAAAGAAGAAGAUGCAAUAGCAGAUCAUGAUGAUGAAAUGGAUGAUGCUGAAAUGGAAGAGUAUGCUAGCGAAGAAGAAAAUGAAUAGUAUUACCUGACUGAUUUACAUUUUAAUGUUCGUACUUAUAACUGUAAAUAUUCUACCUGGCGUUACAAAAACUUCAAACAUUGUAAACUCUAUUUUAUGUAAUUAUGAAUUCAGUGUACUGUGCCAGUAUGUGACAAUUGCAGUGUUGCAGUAUUUUUAAAGAAACCAACUGAAGUAACCUAUAUACAUUUCAUAUAUUUAUAUCAGCAUAUAUUGUAACAAAAUUGAUGUAUGUAAUAUCUAAAUUUCUGAUGCAACUCAUUUACUAUUGUGAUAUUGCUGCACACUUGGAAUUUUGUGAACUAUCGAAGUGGAAAAUAUCUGGUAAUUACAAUUUUUCAUAACCAGCAUAAAUUUACUUUUUAAUACAGUAUUAAAUGAUUGUAAUCUCAUGUAUGUGAAAGUGAGAAGCUCGGGUAAGUUCACCUUUUGUGGAAUAUUGAGGGUGUGAGUUAAUGGAUCUACUGAUAAUUUUUGAAUGACAAUCUGUCACACUGGCUGUAGUUAGUUGUAUUAAAAAGACCUACGUUAAAUGAAGACACCUGAAGUAGACAAAAUACCUCAGAAUUAUUAGGAUCUUCGAGAGAACGUACCUUGACGGGUGACAGAGAUAAUGAGACAAAUGUAAUACCCAGUAACUUCAUCAAGAACGUUACAAUCCCAGUACCAAAGAAGCAAGUGAUUUACAGAAUCAUCAUUUUAAUAAGUCAUGGUUUCAAAAUACUAAUGUGCAGCACCUAGAGAAGAAUGGAAUGACCAAUAGAAACUGACAUCAGAAAGAUCUUUUUUGCUUCUGGAGAAAUGUAGGCAUGCAUAAAACAGUACUAGCCUACGGCUCAUCUUGCGAGACAGGUUGCAUACAGACAAACCUACAUCUUUAGCAUUUGGAUUUAGAAAAAUGCUUUUGACAAUGUUGACUGUAAUGACUUCUUGAAAUUAUGAAGUUGUUUCAGGUAUAGGCUGAAACCUGAAAUUGAUAUAAGUGAGAUUUUUUUGGGAAAAUUUAAGUGUACAUCAAAAGGAUAAGCUAAUGGGAAAUGGAGGUGGUGAUUUUGUUGCAGUAGACUAGAAACUCAAAUCCACUGUGAUAGAGAUUGAAGCUGCAUGUGAGAUUGUAAGGGCAAGACUCAAUAUCAGGAGUGGGCAUAAAAUAGUAAUUACAUCCUCCAGUUGCCCGCCAGACUCAUCUCCUGAUGUAACCAAAUCUUUGUAAAAAAACUUCAGUUUACUUGUAUAUAAUUUACCCAAUCAUACUGCAAUUGUCAGUGGAGACCUAAAUCGUCCAGCAAUCAACUGGGAAAAUUACAGCCUUUUUAGUGGUGGGCUUGAUAACACAUCCUGUGAAACAUUACUAAAUGCUUUCUCUGAAAACUAACUAGAACAGAUAGUUCGAAACUCCACUCCUGAUGGAAAUAUACUGAAUCUAAUGGCAACAAAUAGAUCUGACCUUGAGAAUGUCCACAUCAGACCUGAUAUCAAUGACCAUGACGAGGUUGUGACAACAAUGAUUACCAAAGUACAAAGGACAAAUAAAAUAAGCACAAAGAUUUAUAUAUUCAGUAAACUAGUUAAAAAAAAAAUCAGUAGUGUCAUAUCUCAAUGAGGAACUUGGAAACAUUCAGCACUGGGCAGGAGCAUGUAGAGGAACUAUGGCUCAAGUUUAAAAGAAUAUUUUACCUUUCACUGAAUAUGUAUGUACCCAGUAGUAAGGAGAGGUCCCCUCAAUCAUAUACAGUCACUAAAGAAACAGAUUAGUACAUAAUAGGUGUAAAACAAUGCUUAGUACUAUAGAGACAGAGAGAGAUGCAGAAUGAGACGCGUGUGGUUGUCAGGAUGGCAAUGCACGAAGCCUUCAGCGACUACCAUAGCAGGAUAUUAUCAAAUGAUCUUUCACAAAACGCAAUGAAAUUCUGAUCGUGUGUGAAGGCUGUUAACGGCACUAAAGUUAUUUUCCAGUCCCUAGCGAAUGAGACAAACUGAAAUUGAGGACAGCAAAGCAAAAUCUCUGUUUUCAAAUGUACUUUUACAAAGAAAAACCCAGGGGUUUUGCACCAGUUUAACCCUUGUACCAUGGAAAGAUGAAUGAAAUAAGUAUUAAUGUCAGUGGUGUUGAGAAACAGCUGAAAUCAUUAAAAUUUAACAAAGCUCUGUGGCCUGAUGGAAUCCCUCUCAGAUUGUAUAUUGAAUUUGCCUCUUCUAACUAUAAUCUGCCAUAGAUCCCUGGAACAAAUAACCAUGCUCAGUAGUUGGAAGAAAGCACAGGUAACACGUAUCUACAAGAAGGGUGGUAGAAGUGAUCGACAAAACUGUCCACAAUAUCUUUUACAUCAAUUUGUUGUAAAAUCUUAGACACAAAUUCUUAGCUUAAACAUAAUGAGGUAUCUUGAGCAAAAUGACCUCCUAUAUGCCAACCAGUGUGGAUUCUGGAAACAUCGAUCAUUCAAAACCCAACUCGCACUUUUCACUCAUGACAUAUUGAAAGCUUUUGGUCAAGGCAGUUGGUAGAUACAUUGUUUCGUGAUUUCUGAAAAGCAUUUGAAUCAGUACCAUAACCACACACAUUAUCAAAAGUUUGAUCAUAUGGGGUAUCAAGUGAAAUAUGUAACUGGCUUGAGAAUUUUUUAGUAUGGAGGACAAAACAUGUUAUUGUGCGUGGAUAGAGCGUCAUCAUCAGAUAUGGAAGUAACUUGUGGUGUGCCCCAAGGAAGUGUUGAAACCAUUGCUGAUCAUGUUUUAGGUUAAUGACAUUGUGGGCGAUACUAAUAGCAACCUUGUACUUUUUACAGGUGAUGCAGUUAUCUGUAAAGAUUCACUGUCUAAAGAAACUGCAUAAAUAUUCAAUCAGAAACUGAUAAGAUUUUAAAGUGGUGCAAAGAUUGGCAACUUGCAUUAAUGUUUAGAAAUGUAAAAUUGUGCACUUCACAAAACGAAAAAACGUAAUAAUAUCAAUUAUCACAGUUGGAAUUGGCCAACUGAUAAAAAUAGCUGGGGGUAACACUUUGUAAGUAUAUGAUAUGGAAUGAUCACAUAGGCCCAGUUGUGGGUAAAGUAGGUGGUAGCCUUCUGUUUGUUGGUAGAACAGUGGGGAAGUGCAAUCAGUCCAAAAAGGAGAUUGCUUACAAAUCACUCAUACGACCCAUUGUAGAAUACUGCCGAAGUGUCAGGAUAUGCAAUGUAUACAGAGAGGGGCAGUACAAAUGGUCACAGGUUUGUCUGAUCAGUGGGAGAGUAGUACAGUGAUGCUGGAGAAACUGAACUGGCAGACUCGUGAAGAUAGACAUAAACUAUACUGAGGAAGUCUAUUAACAAAGUUUCAAGAACCAGCUUUAAAUGAUUACUCCAGGAAGGUACAACCACCUCACAUGUAUCACUCGUAUAGUGACCUUGAGGACAAGAUGAGAAUAAUUACAGCAUGCACAGAGGCAUUCAGUCAGUCCUGCACUCCAUACAUAAAUGGAAUGGGAACAUACUCUAACAACUGGUAUGAUGGAAUGUACCCUCUGCCAUGCUCUUCAUGGCGAUCUGUAGAGUAUGGAUGUAGAUAACAAAGGUGCAGCAGUAAGUUACAAAAAAGUUGUGUAGAAACCAGACCAGAUUCUGAGGGAAUGAGUUAGGAAUUGAGACAUUGAAAGUAGCAGAGUGUUUAUAUUUGGGCAGCAAAAUAAGUUAUGAUGAUGACCAAAAUAGAGAUGAUACAGAAUGCAAACUGGCAAGAGAAAGGACAUUGUUACUGAAAACCACAAAUUUGUUAAUGUCUAAUGUAAAUUUAAAUGAAAAAUCCUCUCUGACGGUAUUUGUCUGAAACGUAACCAUGUAUGGAAUUGAAAUGCGGGUGUGAAACAUUUAAGACCAGAAGAGCAUAGAAGCUUUUGAAAUGUGGUACUACAAAAGAAUGCUGAGGAUUAUGUGGGUAGAUUAACGUCAGAUACGCAAUUCUGUCUCAUAAUUUAUUAGUUUUCUGGGUUGAAUUUUUCUUUGAUAAUUAAGCACCUGAGUGGUAGAUAGUGAAAGUCAUUUUUCACUAUAAUAUUAUAUUUGUGAAUGUUGCUGCUGUUUUGAACUGUGAUUGACUGUUGACAACAAACGUCAUAAGGUAGCUUGUGUACUGUGAGUCUUUUGGCAGUAUAUGCUUUCUAAAACAGGUUAUAAGAGUGGACACUGGAAACCAUAGUUUUUCCUUAUUACAAGCUCCUGUGUAACAAAUGCCAGUUGACCCAAAAGAUGAUACCAUAAAAUAUAAGUCAACCAAAAUAAAAAAAUGAAGUCAACGUUUUGUCAGUUGCAACUUGAAAUAGUGUGGUCAGGCCUUCUGCUGUUACAAAUUGAAUUUAUUGUUUUUCGUAAGUUGAAUGUAUAUAUUCCUGUAUUUAUAUAGUUCUCAUACAUACCUACAUAACAUACAAACUCCAUUUGACUUUUUGUACAUUCUGAUGUUAAGCAUAUUUAAUUUAUUGAGAUUUAUUGCGAGUGUACCUUCACAUAUGUACUGGCUGUUUAGUCAAAUGUGAUGUGAAGCUCGAGGCUUGUGGUAAGGGCUAGAAAAAUUACUAGUCAAAAUUACAUACAAUAAAUGUAUAGCAACCUGUUUGGACAAUUUUUUUUUUCUUUCUUACAAGAUAUUGAGGCUGUGGACCCUCCAGAAGAACAGAAUUCCGUGGUAAUAACUUUACAUUAUUGGUAUGAGAAAAUUGCUAUGUUAGUCUUGUGUUGUGAUCAGACUAGUUGUAUGAUACAAAAUACUGAUGUUCUGAUAUUAUUUCUGUGAGCAGAGUAAUGAGCAACAAAAGUAAGUUAUUUGAGAACAGUAUUAAUUAUAGUCACUGCUUAUUGUAGAAUGUCAUACAAAUCAGUGACUUGUAGUAAGUCAAUCAUAUGGUGAAUUGUGUUUUAUUUAUCUCAUGACGUACAUUUGCAAUUCAUUUGGCUCGCAUACAGGAGUCUGUGCAUAUUACAUGACCUCCAUAAUAGAAUGGAAGUGUAAUAUGGAAAUAAAGUGCAACAAGUUAUUCAAAUCA